GCAUGUCCUUGUCAGCAAGUUCAGUGAGGGGUGUGCGGAUGUGGCAGUCAAGCAUGCGCAGAAUGCUCAGACAUGGGGACCAGUCCGGGAGUUGCUCCAAGCGCGGAAAGCGUGCAAGGACGAGAUGCUGCUGCGUGAGGCCUCAAAGCGGCUCGAAGAAGCCCAGACCAAUCUGACCUUUGCGACUCCGACGCCAGAAGAAAGCAUGCAGCUUCAGCAGACUCUGUUCUGGGCGGAGCUGGCCAAGAGCUUCCAAUCCAUGAGGGCAGACUGGGAUGAGAUUCUGACGGGUUCACGGGCGAUCGUUCAGCAGCUCUUGGAGAAGCAGUCCAUCGAGUUCAACGACAAG